AUGGACAGCGGGUCCAUUAUCACCCAGGUUAGCAAGGAAGAGGUGAACACGCCUCUGCAGGAGAAAGGUAAAGAGACCCGCGCGAACUGCCCUCCCCGAGGGGCAGAGGUCAAAGACGGGGCCGGGAGGGCAUCUUCUCGGUGCCCACCUCCAGAUCGCCAAGAAACGGGGCUUGGGGCCACUUGUUCCCAUAACGCGCCACCUCUUCAGCUUGACAGAUCGGUGACAAGGGAGCUUAGGAUCGCCUUGCGCGCGUCAAUAAGCGGGUGUAGCGGGGUGUUGAGGGAGCCUGCGCGCCCUUCUCGGACGCGCAAAUCAAUCCACGCCGGCCUCAGGUUCCGGUGGCAGGAAAAGAAGAGUGGCCAAGCCGCUUUUCUGGCGACGCGCGCUUCCUCCGGGUGCCCCCCCCCCGUCUCCCCAUUCUCUUGCGCGGAUAUAUCGAUCCACGAUGCAACGCCCUGGUGCGUGGUCGGCCCAAGAGGCAGGAAACCUGUCCGAUUUGUUGCGCCCUGGACACGGAGGCACCGAGGUAGCGAGCGCGGCGCGUUGCACACGUGUAUGUGUUGUCUGUGUGUAUUGGCUCUCGAAAUAACCGCCUCGCCCCGUGGGGUUGGAGGGUGCCCUGAAAUGCUAGCUUGGCGCAGUAGCUCCUUCGAGAUUUUAUUUCCUUAAGGGCUUUGUGGGGUGAGGAGAAAAACUGGGUGGGUUUUUUUGGCGGGGUCCUACUUCCCUUCCCGUCUAUAUUCUGGAUCCUAUAGCUUUCCUGCCCCCCCACCCCGAUUUCCUCACUCUGUGUGGCAUUAUUGAGCGAAGAGGAAGCUGUGCUUCGGCAACAGGCUUCAUUAGGGAGGCGUAUAAGGCAGCCUCUUAUUGAUUUUUACAAACCAAAAAAAACCCCACACCCCAUAUCCUGGAUGCAUCUCCCUCCAUCUUUCUCUUUCCGUGUUAUGGGGCAGUUGUUGUUGCUUUAGAGCAUUUUAAAGCGAAAGUGCGUUUUUCACCGGCGAGGUUUUUUUUGGUUGAGCUGUUUGCUGCUCUGGGAGAUUGGGAGCAGGGGAAAGCCCCCUUUGAGCAGGUGUGGGGCGGGCUGCACCUAGACUUGUGCCAGGUAUUAGUAAACACACGUCUGUAGGAGGAGUCUUGUUUGAUGGCGCCAGAGAUGUUAGAUAGGGAGCUGUUCCCAAUUCAACAUUAUUUCAGGAUUGAGACUCAGGGUGGCUCUCUCUUAACUUCCUGGAGAUCCUGAGAUUUUGCCUGACUUACUAGCAAGAGCAGCAUUUUCUUGACCCUGGGUGUUAGCUUACACCUCCCUUUUUUCCAUUCUAGGUGAGGCACACGUGGGCUCACUAGAUAGGCGAUUAUGAAGGAGUUGCUCUGAUAGGGCUGAGGAAAGAUGCCAUUCCUAGCACCCUCUCUCGGUGCUGGGUGAGUUGUAAACAUUGCUGGUGGAAGGUGGGGGGAGUGGAAUAGCCCAAGAUGGUGUGAGUGUGGUGUGGUGUUUUGCUAGCUGCUUUUAGCUUUUCUCCCACUGCUUCCUGGUGAUCUUGGCUCUGUCGGAAAGGAAGCUGGCUGGCAAGGUUAAGAAAUCCUGAGGCCUUUUCACUAAGAAAUUGGGGCAUUUCUUGGGUCAGAUGUGUCGGUGAUGGGUGAGAAAGGGGAUGCUGCUCCCCCAUGCUCAUGUGCCCACUUGGACCCAUCUGCUUUCGGCCAUCUUUAAAAACACAACAACAACAACACCUUCUGGCUGAAGGCAGGUGAGGUGAGUUGGGCAGAGCCAAUGCCAUUUAGUAGAGAGUGCUGAGAGAGAUGGGCCAGUGAGCUGACCUUGGUGCAAGACAAUAUUUGUUCUGAAUUGGGGAGGCACAGGAAUUUCUCUUGGGCUAUUAAGAUAUUUGACAGCGGGUAGUGGUGGUGCAGAAAAGGGUCUGCAGCAACUUGUAACUCCCUCAGCCAACUUUUGACCCAAACAAUCACACAUUAUAGCCCCACCAGGGGCUCAGUAAACGUCCUGUUUAUGCUGCCUGCCUGCAGCUCCCAAAAUGAGGUGGGGGAUGUCAUUAUGUACUUGGUAAAGGUAAAGGGACCCCUGACCAUUAGGUACAGUCGUGACCGACUCGGGUUGCGGCGCUCAUCUCGCUUUAUUGGCCAAGGGAGUCGGCGUACAGCUUCCGGGUCAUGUGGCCAGCAUGCCUAAGCUGCUUCUGGUGAACCAGAGCAGCGCACGGAAAUGCCAUUUACCUUCCCGACGGAGCGGUACCUAUUUAUCUACUUGCACUUUGACAUCUUUUCAAACUGCUAGGUUGGCAGGAGCAGGGACUGAGCAAUGGGAGCUCACCCUGUCGUGGGGAUUCGAACCGCCGACCUUCUGAUCGGCAUGUACUUGGUAGGGGAUGAUAAACGGCUGGUGUUGUGUGUAUGGUUUGAUGGGUGAGAGGUUCGGCAUGAGUAGGCCUGUGUGACAGGGUUCUGGAGUGCUAGCAGCCUUCCUUUUCAUUGGUGAUAUUUUGCAAACGCUCUGUCUGAAGCAAGAAGGUAGAGCCUAAAGCUGGCAGUUUAGGCACAACAGGGAUGGAACAGAAAAAUGCAUCCUGGCAGACAUGUAUUUGUGGGACAGUUUAUGGUAAUUGCAGGUUGGGAGACUGCUGUGGUGCUCAGGUCUUAUUUGCAAGCUUCCUAUAAGUUUCUGGCUGGCCACUGGGAGAAGAUGAGAUGGGCUUUUGGCCUGAUGCACCUAGGCUCUUCUUGUGUUAACUGUUCUGAGCAGGGAACCAAAAUGAGGGCUUUAUCUUGCCACUGUAUGUGGCUGGCCAGUUGUGUUUCGCUUGUGCCACACUACAAUCUGUGGGGUACUGAGUCCUAGCACUACAGCUGCCGUAUACUGAGUUAAACCACUGGUCCAUUUGGCUCAAUGAUGUGUUUACAGGGAUGGUCAACGUGGUCCCCUCUGAAUAUUGGUGGGUCCUUAAGCAUUCAUCAGCACCAGCCUGCAUGGCCAUUGGUCAGGGCUGAUGGGAGUUGUAGUCCAAAAACAUAUGGAGGGCAUCAUGUUGGCUACCAUAGGUCUACACUGUCUAGCAACAGUCCCAGAAUUUCAGAAACAGAUUUUCUCCAGCCUUUUUUUUUGAGAGGUCAAGGGUUGAAUCUGAAAUCUCUCUGAUGCAAAACAUGUCCUCUGCCCUUGAGCUAUUCUUCUUCCCUAAAAGAUUGCCCAUGAACCUGAUGUGGAACAAAACAAAGAGAGGGAAGAGGCUGUAGCUCAGUGGUAGAGCAUCUGCUUUGCAUACAGAAGGUUGCAGGUUCAAUCCCCAGCAUCUCCACGUAGGGCUGGGAAUCCCCACAAUGCUGGGAGAGCCACUGCCAGUCAGUGAAGGCAAUGCUGAGCUAGAUGGGUCAAAGGUCUAACUCAGUAUAUAUAUAUAUAUUUUAAUAAGAUAUUUAUUAAAGUUUCAACAUAAUACAAAAAUAAGCGGGGGGGAAAAGAAAAAAAGAGAAAAAAGAUAGAAAAUGAAAAUACAAAAUAAAAACAGUUAAAAAACAGAUUAGUCUUUCCAUAUCUUAACUUUCAUUUGCUUGUUUCCCCGACCUCCUCACACCUCCCUUUUUUGUAUUCCAGUUCAAAUUAGUUAAUUCAGCAAAUCCUUUCCCUCUUUGAUUCUAUCUUAAUCUUUUAUCUUAAUAUAUUGUAACUUUAGAUUAUCACCUGUUAACAAUCCACUUUUACAUAUUCCUUUAUAACAUUGCUGCUAGAAACCAUUUAACUUCAAUCCAACAUCAUUCUAACAUUCAUUAAAAGGUCUAACUCAGUAGUAUAGGGCAAUUUCCUAGAUUCAGUUCCUGGCAUAGAAUCAGAGAACCAUAGAAUUAUAAGGUUGGGACACCGAGUUCUGAAUCUCAGCUAAAGCAUCCUUGACAAGCGGCCGCUCAGCCUCUGCUUAAAAGCCUCCAGUGAAGGAGAGUCCACCACUUUCUGAGGGAGUCCAUUGCACUGUAAAACAUUUCUUACUGUCAGAAAGUUCUUCCUGAUGUUUAGUUUGAAUCUCCUUUCUUGAAACUUGAAGCCAUUGGUUCAGGUUCUACCCUCAAGAGCAGGAGAAAACAAGUUUGCUCCAUCUUCCAAGUGGAAGACUUUUAGAUAUUUGAAGAUGGCUGUCAUAUAUCCUCUCAGUUUCUUCUUAUCCAGCCUAAACAUACCCAGCUCCCUCAACUGUUCCUCAUAAGGCUUUCUUUCCAGACCCUUGAUCAUCUUGGUCACCCUCCUCUGCACAUGUUCCAGCUUGUCAAUAUAUCCUUCCUAAACGUGGUGCCCAGAACUGGACACAGUAUUCCAGGUGUGGUUUGAUCAAGGCAGAAUGGAGUGAUAAUAUUACUUCCCUUGAUCUGGUUGCUAUACAUCCGUUGAUGCAGCCUGGAAUUGCAUUAGCUUUCUUUGCUGCUGCAUCACAAUGUUGACUCCUGUUAAGCUUGUGGUCUACUAAGACCACAUGUACUACUGGCAAGCCAAGUGUCCCCCAUCUUAUAUUUCUGCAGCUGGUUUUUCCUGCCCAUGUGUAGAAGCUUACAUUUGUUCUUACUCAAAUUCAUUUUUAUUAGUUUUGGCCUAGUUCUCCAAUCCGUUAAGAUCAUACUGAAUCAUGAUUCUGUCUUUUGCAACAUUAGCUAACCCCAGUUUGGUGUCGUCUGCAAAUUUGAUGAGCAUCCCCUCAAUUCCUUCAUCCAAGUCAUUGAUAAAGAUGUUGAACAACAACUGGCUCAGGACAAAACCCUGCGGCACCCCACUUGUCACUUUUUCCAGGAUGAUGAGGAACCAUUCGUGAGCAGUAUUUGGGUUCAGUCAGUCAACCAGCUACAAAUCCACCUAACAGUUACCUCAUCCAGCCCACAUUUUACCAGCUUCUCCAGUUAAAAGAGUAACGGGGAGCAGGUGGUUCCUGAGGCCCUGGAGAGCUGUUCCCAGUUAAAGUGUGCAGUCCUGGUCCUGUAUGAAGCAGUGACCUGCAGAGUCAUGUCUAGACACAGGAUCUUCAGUAAAGGGCUCAAAGGAUGGUUCUGCUUCCAGUGCAGACACUGCUGGUGGCAGAUGGUAUGUGUGUUAAUUCACCUCCAGAUAGCCCAAAUGUUCUUUAUUUAAAAGCUUUGCCCUAUUUUAGAGGAUUGGCUGUAAAUCUAAAUGUCACAUGAACACAGAAUAUAGCAGACUUCUCUUAUUGCCCACAUACAGCCCCCUUGUUCUUGAAUCUGGAUCUGCCAAUGCGAUUCUGGUUUCCAAAAGUGCCACACAAAGUCUGUAGUAAUGAGAUCAGAGGAGACGCCCAAGAGGCCACACUGUCCAUCCAAGCGGAGCUGGCUGCGUUUUGUGAGUGGAACAGUAGCUGACCAAAGAGACUCUUUUUGUAGGUUGCCCCUUAAGGAGCCUGUUCCAAAGGGGUGAGUGGGUGUGUCCAGUGGUGGAACUUCAUGCUCUGGCACAGGGGGUGGAGAGCAGGCAGGGGCGGGGCUGGCAGGCGUCCUGGGGGUGUGGCGCCCAGCACAGGUGGGGUUACAGCAGCGAUGGCACCCCACCAGGAUUGUAAUGUCGGGGGCGGUGCGCUCCCCCCACACCCCUCUUCCUCCGCCAGUGUGUGUGUCUGUCUCUGUCUCUCUCUCUCUCUCUGUGUGUGUGUGUGUGUGUGUGUGUGUGUGUGUUUUAAAAAGUACUUUAUGAAUUUUAAUGGGGAAGUGCCCAUGUUUGUAACUCCCACUCGAUUCCUGUUCUGUUUCCUGUUGCUUGACCAGAAAGUUGUUUAAUGCCCAGUUCUGUCUCCCACCUUCUCUAAAAGGUGAUUAAUCAUUCAAUACAGCUCUUUUACCUGCUUCCAUAAGUCAUUCUCUUUCUGUGUCUCAGCCAACUUUCAAGCCUCUGGAUGAGCUUCUGUAGCCUCUCUUCCCACACCACACAAAUCUAGAUCUCCGAGUAACUCUGCCCAUUAUGCUGGCUUAUGAGUUGUGGCAGAAUUCUGUGCUGUUGCACUGCAGGCUGAGCUGCAAGUCAGGAAGUCCCCAGUUUGAGUCUGGCCUCUGCCACAAAGUCACUAGAGGGCUUUUGGAAAAGGCCUCUCAGCCCCUCAGGGUCUCUCCCUACCUGCAACAGCGAAUAGCAUAAUACUGAAUUAACCUUGCAGGGGUGCUGAAAGGGUUACAACUGAGCAAAGCAUGUGAAGUACAUUGAAAGCGCUAUGUUAAAUAUUAUUUUAAUAAAUUAUCAGAUGGGGUGGAGGAAGCUGCUCUUAACCUUCCACCACGAUAUGCUAGUUUAUCACAUGCCGUUUUAAAUGUGAAAGGGCAUUAAGCUACAAGCUCCUCAUCUACCUUCUGAAGCAAGCGCCCCAGAGUCCCACCACCUCAGUCUGCAGCUUCAUUCUACGCAAAGUGUGUAAGGAUAAUAAUAACCUGUGAGCCUCCCUGAGACCUGCAAGUAUAGGGUGGUACAUAAAUUCAACAACAACAACAGCGGCCCUCCCGCUAAGUACUAAUGUCCUAGGCAAGUUGAUGUUGGAACCCUUAACUGAUUGAAUUAACCUCCCUGUCUCAGCCCAACCUGCAGGAGAUGAUUAUCUGCACAGUGGCAGAUUUCAUCGAGAGUGUGCCAUUUUCCCAGCUCCAAAGUCCAAUAGGGAAAAAAUAGAAAUGUUGUUGGGAGAUACGUGAUAAUGCAGUGGUUGGCAUACUAUGUAUGGGCAGUUCCCAGCUCGGUACAUGGCAGAUGUUUGGGACUAUGGCCCCAUCAGUCCCAAUCAGCAUGUCCAUGUUGAGCCCAAGGCUGAUGGGGGUGGUAUGUCAAAACAUCUAGAGCAGGUAUAGGCAACCUAAGACCCAUGGGCCGGAUGCGGCCCAAUCGCCUUCUCAAUCGGGCCCACGGACGGUCCGGGAAUCAGUGUUUUUACAUGAGUAGAAUGUGUCCUUUUAUUUAAAAUGCAUCUCUGGGUUAUUUGUGGGGCAUAGGAAUUAGUUCAUUAUUUUUUUUCAAAAUAUAACCGGCCCACCACGUGGUCUGAGGGACAGUGGACCGGCCCCCUGCUGAAAAAGGUUGCUGACCCCUGAUCAGGGCAUCAGGUUGAGGAGGGCUGGCUAAGACAGAGAGUUCAGCAUUCUUCUAGGUCUGUUUAGGUCCGAGUUGAAGAACCUGAGGUCCAGCUCCGAGGCCCUUCUGGUGAAGUUACAGGGAAUCAGGCAGAGGGCCUUCUCAGUAGUUCUGUGUACCCUGUGGCAAACCCUCCCAUCAGAUGUCAGAGAUAAAUAAUUACAUGACUUUUUGCAGACAUCUGAAGGCAGCUCUGUUUCAGGAAGCUUUUAAUGUUUGAUAUUUUGGUGUGUUCUUUGAUAUCCUGUUGGACGUUGUCCAAAGUGGCUGGGGUACAAUAAUAUUAUUAUCAUUAUCAUUACCUAUGAACCUAUGGAUAUUACCAGAUUACAGCUCACACAGUCACUCACCAUUGGUUGUGUUGGCCAAGGCUGAAGUCCUACACAGUGUCAGAAAAGUACUGUACUUGGUUGGGCAAGGCUGCUGUAUUUCUAAGCUCAAAGUAUAACUUUCACUUUUGUUUACCAGAGCAUUGAAGGUUUCUGUUUCCAUUAAAGUGAAGGAAUGUGUUCUCUCUCUCUCUCUCUCUCUCUCUCUCUCUCUGUGUGUGUGUGGCUGUGUCUCUCUGUCUCUCUUUCAAAAUAUACCAAAUAGCAGAAGCACAAUUUUAUGUGCUGUUUACUAAAUAGUAGUAAGUGCUUCUCACAUUCUCAAAGUAGUACAUUUUGUAUUUCAUAAUUCAGUUCAUUAGUAUGGCAAAUAUUUCCCUUUCCCCACAAUAUACUACCCCUACCUGCCACCACUGUCAUGCCUUCCAAAUCUUCAGACGCUUUGUAUCUCUGAUUGGGAUGGCCAGGGCUUUGUCCUGGAAUUGGACUCGCAUCGGGUAACUCCUAUCCCCUUGAUCAUGGUAAUUUGGUCUCCUCCUCCUUUCUCAAGCCAACCAGGUCAAGUGAUGGGCUGGGGGAAGGACGUGUGUCCUUGAAAGGACCUUUUCAAGGGUCAUGCAUGCUUAUGUGAGGCAGAAAAGCUGUCAAAAGACAGUUGCUUCUCUCUGUCUUAAGCUGCCUUUGCCAACCUCAUUCCAGGGCUGGCCGGGGGUGAUGGGAAUUGUAGUCCAAAACAUCUGGAAGGAACUGGGCUGGCAAAGGAUUAAAUGAUCUUCCAGACUUGUUUACAUCCAGCCACUCUCUGAUUAUUGCAUUCAGGGGAAAAUGAUAUUUGCAUCUCCUUCUAUGGGGAUUUUUAUUAAGAGUCUGGAUCAGUGCCUUUCAGGCACAGUAUAAUUGUAGGGGUGAUUGCCUAAGGCCAAGGAAUUGAACUGGAUAACACCCAAGAUUACUACCAAUUCUAUUGAUAGUAAUGAACAGUUAAUAGAUGCAAUGGUCCAUGUGGGUAUCUGCAAAGCAACCAAAUGGACAGUGCUCCAUGCGAUAAACCUUUUGUAAACCUCCACACAGAUUGCAUGGGUUAAAAACUUAGAGGUCUGCCACACAAGGAGUUGCUUUUAGAAAUUAUUUUCAUCCUUCAUUUCUUUUUUUAAAAAAGAAGAUAUUCCACUUUUUAUCCAAGCUCGAGGUGACACACAUGGUUUUCCUACUCCCCAUUUCACAACAAGCCUGUGACAUCAGAUAGUCUGAGAGCUAGGGAUUGGCCCAAGGUCAAUUAGAACCCUGGUCUCCCAGGUCCUAGUCCAGUAUUCUGACCAGUACACCACACUGGGUCUCGGCUUAUGUACAGCUUAUGACAUGCCACUCCACUCACACCAAUUGCAUCGUAUAUAAAUGGAGUCUGUUGCUUAGGGAAAAUUUGCAGACCACCUGGGUACAUGGUGGACUGUUGGGAGUGGCUCUGCUCAUUGGCACACAGUGGUCAGCAGGACACCCUGCACAGUUUUUUGUUUGUGCGCCCAGCACUGUGAGAUGAGAACUGAAUACGAGAGUCAUUCUCACAUUCAUAGCUCAGCAUUGUCUACACUGACAGGCAGUGGGUGUCCAGGAUUUCAGACAAUAAUUUUUUAACAUUUGAGAUGGCUAAAGGCAAACUGCUAUUCCAUCUGACUCAUACUGAAGGUGGGAAUGAUAAUAUUGGCCUGCCUUACAGGGCUGUUGUGAGAAUUACUUAGAGGGUUUGUUUGAAACCCUUUGAAAACUUGAAGUAUGCUAUUGAAAUAUUUAGUACCACUAUUAUUAGACAUAAGUAGAGCAGCAGGAAUCUUGUGAGGCAUCAACAAACUCCACAUUCCUGUGAGUCUUUCAGCACUCUUUAAUCUCAUCCCUCAGUAAUUCAGCCUUUUGGUUUCCCAAAUGUCACAAAUGACAAACUCAAGAUUUUGUUCACCAGCAAGCCCAAGGACUUGACUGUCACCCAGAAUAUUGAGAGAGUGAGACUCUUUUAUUUUCCCAAUUUAAUAAGUAGCAAAGGAGAGAGACUCUCUAUACAUCCAUUAAAUAACACUGGCACUUUCUUCCUUCCUUUCUUUCCUUCCUUCUUUCUUUCUUUCUUUCUUUCUCUCUCUCUCUCUCUCUCUCUCUCUCUCACACACACACACACACACACACACUGCUUCUCUACCCUGCUAAGAAUUCUGACUGUGGAGCAUGAAUUCUCAGGGUUCCUUGACGGAAUGGUUGCUGCAGUGGCGUGGUCAGAGGCCUAGUAAGCUGGAUCCAUUUGCUUAUUGAUUUAUUUAUAAGAUUUCUUACCCCGCCCUUCAGCAUAAGGUGGUACGUUACAACAAUUGAACAUACAAUUAUAAAAAAUAAAUAAAUUCAAUGAUAAAACACAGCUUGUUGGGUCAGAAACUGGGCUUGCCUGCUUUUAUGUCUGAAGUGUAAAUGAUAAAGAUUUUGUUUUCUUUUGAGUGCACAGGCUUUUGUCUUCUAAGGAAUCAUUAUGGUCACCUGCUUUGCAUUCUGCUCUUAAUGGGAUUUUGCUUUAGAUUUGCAUAUUUCACUAUGGGGACAUAAUUUGACAUAGUUCUCUGUGGUGGUGCCACCUUUUCUUUUGAUUUCAUCCCCCCCAGAAACAAAUUUGUGACAUCUGCUGAAAAGAGUGGCCUUGAGCCAGAUGUGGAACAACAAAAACAAAACGAAGAAAGGGGCUGUAGCUCCGGAGUGGAGCACCAGGCUUGCAUUCAGAAGGUCCCAGUUUCAAUCAGUGUAGACAAUGCUACUCUAGAUGGACCAGUGAUCUCACUCUGUAUGAAGCAGCUUCCUAUGCAUCAUUUUGUUAUCCAGCCUGGGAAAACUCAAUGUAUAGCAUCCACACCAUCCUCUUACAAUAGCAGUAUUCUGGUUAGUAUUGGGAAAUCAGAAGUGAUUUCUCCCUGGUGAUUUUUUAUUUUUAUUUUUAUUGGUAAGGAUCAGAUGUUACAGCAGAUUCUGAGUUGGGAUAUUGUUUCUCAACCAGGAUGGCAGGCCGUGGGGAGGUGGUGGAGCUGUGCUUUCCUUUUUGAGGGGUGUAUGUGACUGUUUCACAAGUGUCUGGCCAGUGACUGACACAUUGCCUUGCAUUUAUGCUUCAGCAGCUGCUCAGUAUUCAUACUUUGAAGCCCCAGCAAAUAUUCAGGUGGUGUUUUGUAUUCAUGUUACGUGUCCCAGGUCUCUCUUUUUCCUUUCUUUUUUAAAAGGCUGUAUAGGUGGUUAGCUGAAACUGCUUUACUCGGCCUUCUGGUUUAAAUACAGAAAUGUGCUUUUAACAAAAAUUCCCCAACAGCAGGGGCUAAAAAGGUUGUGCUGUUUCCUUCCGGUUGCCCUUGACAGUAAAAAGAACAACAACCGUGUUGUUGCGAAAAUGAGGACCAAACAGGAAGAGGGAUAGCCCUCCCCCUUGCUGCAUAUUUACAAUGUAUAUCUGCCAACCAAAGAACAUGGUGUACCUAAUAAAAUAUGCCAAAUGCAGGGAUGGUGAUUAAGUAUACAAGACAAACAGUUCUCGAGAUUGCAAAUACGCUGGCAUAGGAACAAUGUGUCACCUCUGGAUCAACAUGUCCAAUAUUGCCAUUCUGCCUUCUGACAUCUCACUGCUUGUCCUGAAACACCAUUUGCAUAACCUGCAAACUACAAGUGGGCAUUAAUGCAUAAGUCACUAGGGUAGCCUGAUGCUGUUCUUCCCCUGCUGCUGAUCUUUCUGUAGUUCGGUACUCCCCCCCCCCAUUAAAGACACUUGCUGCAACUGAACCUAGAGCCAAACCUCAUGCAUAUGUGCCCCCACUGCUUUAUGGGAUUUAGGUGGCAGGCCGCUACUCUGCACACAGGUUUGCUGCUGUUCAGAGGUGCCAACUUGUGCCAAAGAUUGAGGGGCUCAGAUCACGCGCAUGACAUCAUGCGCGCAACGGGCUACCAGAGGGCGGAGCUGAAUGCAGUAGCCGGCAGCUCCUCCUCUCUCACACUUGGCAGCCAGACCUUGAAGCUACGCUUGGCACCGCAAUGGGCCUCCUCUGUCUCCUGACAUUUGGGAACAAAAAAAAAUUAUUGGAGAGGCCAAAAGAGCUCAACCCCUUGGAGUUCGUGUCCCUGCUGCUUUUACAUCCAUUUUGGCCCUCACUGUGGUGGUAAACCUGCAACUGAACUGUGCUCCAUUAGCCUGCACAUGGGAGCUAAUAUAACUUGAAAACAAUUAAUUAAUUAAUUAAUUAAUUAUGCAUGGAAAGCUAGCUUGUCUGAGAGAAGUGUAGGCUGGAACUCUUCACCUUGACAUUUAGUUGUCUUUCUGGACAUAUAUUUCCACACAGAGAGAGAGAGAGAGAGAGAGAGAGAGAGAGAGAGGAACGCUUAGUCAUAUGAGCCUCCACCUACAGCCUGAAGCGGUACAUCUCUGCACCCCAGCUGCAUCCCCUCAGUGAGAGCUCUGAGAUGCAGAGAAGGAAUACCCUUUUCCUCCUUCACACAUGGAAGAUAAUGUAUAUGAGCACAACCAGUAAGACAUAAAAUUGCAAGAUGUGUGUCACCUCUGGCUAGUCCUUCCCUCCAUUUUUUGUUUGUGUGCAUCCAUUUAUGACCUUACUCGCUAAAAGAGCACCGCACACCAUGCAGCAACAUAGGGCUGACGGCAACUCUUGAUAUCUGAAGCCGUGUCCUGUGCAGGUUCUUGGUUCUCUGAUCUUGCAGUAUUUGAAAGGCUGUCCCCCUCUUUGCCUAUACUUCACCCGCUUGCACCCAGCUUCAACCUCUCCUUCGUGGCUAUUGACUAAUCUUUGGAGAAUACCUGUUUUUGUUUUUCACAUGGUGUUGAGGCAGUCGUUAAAAGUAAAGGCAGAGGAACCCACCUUGACGCAGGGUUGCAUGAGCCUUCAUUGCGGCUUCCAUAUAGCUGGCUAAGUAGCUGGCUCAGAUGCCAGUGCUGCCCUUGUCCAUCCAGCUCAGAUUUCAUCCCCACUCAUGACCAUAAGAAGAGCCCUCCUGGAUCAGGCCAACAGCCCAUCUCAUCCAGCAUCCUGUUCCCACAGGGGCCAACCAGAUGCCUAUGGAAAGCCCACAAGCAGGACAUCUCUCCCUGCUUGUGAUUCCCAGCAACUGGAAUUCGGAGGGCAAUACUGCCUCUUGACCCUAAAGGUAGAACAUACCUAUUGGGACUAGUAGCCCACAGUUCUCCAGGAUCUCAAGCCAAGGAGACCCUUUCCCAUCACCUGCUGCUGCCUCUUUCCUUUUUAAAAUCGAAGGUGACAAUAAUUGAGCCCGGGACCUUCUAUGCUCAAGGCAGGUGCCCUGCCAGUGAGCCAUGGCUCUUCCUUUGCAUCUUGGCAUGUUUCCGGAAUAGCAAGAGCUCCGUUGGUUGGGACUGGCAGAAUUGGGGACCUGGAACAGCAGGAAGCUGAAAAGGCAGCGACUGCAGAGAUGGGGAUUGCAGGAGGGCCUGCCAACUCCUCGCCCCCUUGCACCUCCUUGCCUGGCUGGCUUCCUUGGCCGCUGGCUCCCAGCCCACAGCUUUGGUGUCUUAAGAUCCAGGCCGUUCCAAGAGGAGAAUCUCAUUAUCUGGGGCCCGGAUUAUGGAGCGGGAGCUGCUCACAAGCAAAGGGAUUAGAUGUGAAAGUGAAUUUAAUCCAGAUCCUUGGCAAUGGCAUGUGAUUAGAAACUCCUCAAGAACUCCAAGUGCCUGGAGCAAGUGUGUGACAGGAGAGAGAUUGGCAGGUGGCAGGAAGAGCGAGACCAUAUAUCCCAUCUGCCUAGACCCAGAAGAGGAUGUUUGUGUGAGAAGUAGGAAGAGAAGAUGGGAUGGUUUGCGUGUUUUGUUGUUGUUGUUGUUCUGAUAGGCAAAAGGAAGGGGCCCCUGCAGCACAUCCGUUCCAUUGAGAAAGCCAAAACCUUGGAAAUAAUAGCAAAUAUUUGAAUCCUGGAGGGUCUUUUACCAGGUUGGAUUUGAGCCUUUUUAGUUGGUUUGUUCCUUCACUGCCCAUCCCACCCGCAAACCCUCCUCCCUUACCUAGAUUGUAUCAACAUCCCACCCGGUGGCCCCUCUGGUCCAGCAUCCUGUUCUCACAGUGGCCAACCAGAUGCCUGGGGGAAGAAGCCCUCAAGCAGAAACCGAGCGCAAGAGCCCUCUCUCCUCUUGUGGUUUCCAGCAUGCAGCAUGCCUGCCUCUGAUUGUGGAGGUAGAGCAUAGCCAUCAUGGCUAGUAGCCAUCGAGAGCCUUCGCCACAAAUUUGUCUAAUCGUCUUUUUCAAAUCCAUCUAAGUUGACGGCUAUCACUGUUUCCUGAGGAGUGAGUUCCAUAGUUUAACUGUGCUCUGUGUGAAGCAGUGUUUUAUUUUAUGUGUCCUGAAUCUUCCAUAGUUCAUCUUCACUGGAUGUCUAUGAGGUGUCGGAUGACGAGAGAGUGCACAAAACUCUUCUCGAUCUGCUUUCUCCAUUCCAUGCAUAAUUUCAUAGAUCUCUGUUGUCACCUUUUCUCUAAACCCAAAGUCUCCAAAUGCUGCAACCUUUCCUUGUGCUCCAUGCCCUCGAUCAUUUUAGCUGCCCUUUUUUGAAACUUUUCAAAUUCUCUGCACUCCGUUUUGAGGUGACACAACCAGAACUGGAUGCAGUAUUCCAAGUGCGGUUGCACCAUAGAUUUCUACAAUGGCAUUAUGAUAUUGGCACUUUUGUUUUCCUUUCCUAGUGCUCCCUAGCAUGAAAUUCACCUUUUCCUCAGCUACUUUCAUCCACUGACCAUUAUGGUUCAGGGCUGAUGGGAGUUUUGGAGUCACAUCUGGAGGGCUGCAGGCUCCCCAUCUGUGUCAGAGCAGUUGGCCUGGCUAUAUUUGGCACCUCCCGCCUUCCAUCUUCCUCUCUAGUCGGCCGGAUGCAUGGACCUCUCUAGCUGACAGAACUGUGGCCUGCUUUUGGUGAUGGGUUGAUUUGGAUGUCUUCCAAGGACCUGUGGCUGAUUCUACUUCCCAUGGUUUAUUCUUUUCUCUCUCAGAAUGGCAAGUGUACGUUCUUGACCUUGUGCAGGAAGCCACAGCCAAUACUGGUUCCAUGGCAGAUGUGUCCUUCUCAUACACACGGUUGAAAACACACCUGCUCUGUGCACAUGCAAAGUGUUUAUUUGGUGUGCACCUUAAAACUACGACCCACAAAGGGGAGGGAAAGCAAAUAUCCCUUGGGCCAGGAAGCUCUUGUUGUUAGUGCCCCCUGUUGAGAUUUUAAGACACUUGCAGGAGUUUUCCAACUGUGUUUAGGGCACUUCUGCAAAGGACCAAAGGGAUAAGAUGGACAACGUGCAGAGUAUAUUCAACAGUGGCCCAAUCUGUACCAUGUCACACCUGCGAGAUUGAGUCUUAUGGACAGGGCUGUGGAAAAAUACCUCUGAAGCAGCCAGGCCUGGAAGCGGGGAGAAUAAAGACGAGGGUUUGACAGGACAGCGCUCCCUUACUUAUCUCUGUCUCCCCCCCUUCAUCCCCCUCCCCUCCUUCUCAUGCAGGUGCUCAGAACCCAUCACCUUCCAAGAAGCCCAGGAACCGCAGCAUCUUCCAGUCCCUCUUCUGCUGCCUUUGCCAUGACAACUCGGAGCCUAUCCCUGUCAACAACAACGCCCCACUCCUGGUGGAGGAAAAUGGAUCGGUGCCCAAGGUAGGCCCCAGCUGGCUGGCAGAUCACUUGCUUGAAAUGACCAAGGGAAGGGUUAAGUAUCUAGUGGGGCAGGCCAGGGCUGGUUUCUUGGGUGAAUUGACAUUUUAGACUUUUGAUGGAUCUACUUUGGGUUGGUGUGUGUGUGUGUGUGUGUGUUUGUGUUUGUGUUUAACCGCAACCCCGAGAUCUACCAACCAAAGCUGGGUGCAAAAGAUAGCUUUGGAAUUAAAAAGCAGGGGGGCUUUGAGCCUAGGAACUAGUUUUCAGCACCAGAAGUGAAUGGACCUCAUAGCCCUUUCGCACAAAAGUUCAUUUCUGGUUAGCUUCCUUCGUUUUAGCAGCCUAAUUUAGAUGUUGCCAUUUUGCUGUUCUCGCUGAUAAACAUUUGGGGAGUAAGAACCCUUGCUGAUCCUCUGCAGAUGACCCAGAGAUCUACCAUUCAAUCCUGAUCUGCCUUCUGCUCACCCCUCCCUUAGGGCAGCAAACUUGGUUGGUUACAGGAGUUCCAAGAUUUUACAAAAAGGAACAUUGCCUCCCUUUCCCCUCCAACUCCCAGUCCCUGCUUCUCCCCAUCCAUUCAUAGUCAUGGUGCUUUUUAAAAUUUCAUUUUGGGCAAAAUUCCCAAGCCUUUUGAAUGGAUGCAAAUAUUUUCAGUGUCAAAACCAUUCAGGCCAGGCUGCAGCUAGGAGAGUGCUUAGAAAUCUUAAUGGGCUUGGUCAUGUGGCAUGAUGAAGCCCCUGCGCACCUCGCAAGAGACUUGGAGUGCACAUUACAGAUCAUUUAAUAUGCAUUAGUUACCCUUUUCCACACAUUAACUGGCCUCUCGUCCUUGCAGCGAGGGCACUUGCAUUCUACAGAGCAAGGUUUCUACCUUGGUACCCCAGGCAUUGGGGCAAUAGACCUUUACAUUUCGCUUUGCUGUAGGAGCUGAGGCCGGCUGAGCUCCUCACGCCCAUUUCCACCCCCCUGCUGGUCCUGUCACAUGCCCUCUGCACUCCCUUGCUGAGCUCAGCAGGACCUCCAAUGUGCCACAUGACAGGUAAGGGAGAGGGGGGCAGGUGACAGGAUGGGGGGAGAAGGAAAUGGAUGAGAGCCCCAGAUGCAGCUGCCUUGAAUUUAAAAAAAGGAGAAGCAAGAAAAGUGUGUGUGUGUGUAGGGCUAAUGAUUAAGAAAUGCAGAGCUCUCCAGUUACACAAACACUGUGCAGACAUUUUAAAACUAUGGAGUAGGAAAACAGACAAAUAACGGAUGAGCCACCCCCAAAGGAAUAAACACAAUUUGCUGCAUGUGAAACGAACAAACUUUGGUAGCGCUCUUAGGCAAAUCCAUGACUAGCUUUUGUCUGGUUUUAAUCUUUAUAGUGCUCUGAUGUUUUAAGGAUUCUUAACUAUUGUAACACAGAGCUUUUGCAUUCAUAGAAUCAUGGUAUUUGCAAGGGGCUCCACGGUUCAUCUAGUCCAACCCCCUGCAAUGCAGGAAUCACCGCUAAAGAAUCCCUAAUAUAUGGCCACCCAACCUCUGUUUAAAAACCUUUAAUGAAAGAGAGCCCACCCCCUUGGUUAAGAACUAUUUAAGCCCUUUUCUUGUUUGUCCUUUCCAGGUUUGUUGCUGGGUUAGAUUUCCUCUUUUCAUGAAGCCAGGGGCCUAAACACAUGGCAGGCUGCUUGGGUUAGGUUACCAGCCAAGUUAGGAAGAGCACUGGGGGCUUUGUUAUCCCAGCGCUGCUGAGCUACCAGCUCCUUUCAAACUGGUAGUCAAAAGUCCAGUGGAUUCUAUACUAGAGCAUCUUGAUCCUUGUCGCUAGUGCCCUCUGGUGCCCAGUCGUGUAAUUGCAAAUGUCUGUGCUUUGUUUCAGAGCAGAUCCUACUCCCACUCCAAUGUCACCCCAACGCAGCUCCUCCUCCUCCCCAAAGAAAAACUUGUGACUGCAGGUUCACAAGAUGGGGAAUGGAUUGGAGAUUUUUUUAAAAAAGAUGCUCCAGUCCCCAGUCCCUUUAUCUUGGUGCUACCUUGGACUUCAUCAUUGUUUGCCAGAACUGUGUCCAAGAUCUUUAUACCAGCCAUAGCAUCCCUAAAUACUGAUUUGGGACUUGGGAGUCAGCACAGGUUCUGAGCCCACCAUCUCCACUGCCCUGCUAGCUGCCAGCUUCCCUUACAGCAUGACUCUGUGUCCUGCACUCCUCCUCACAAUAUUUUCUCCUGUGUGUGUAUGUGCUUCUGCAGGCUACUGUCAAAUACCUCCUGCCAGAAACCAAGCCUCAAGAUUCCAGCAAAAUCUGCGUCGUCAUUGACCUGGAUGAGACAUUGGUACAUAGCUCCUUUAAGGUUAGUCCUUUCUCAAGUGUUUUGCACACAAACACCACCACUGCCUGCUCUAGCCCUUUGUUGACUCUCCAUCCAGACAGCUUUAUUUAUUUAUAAAUUUUAAGAGAAUUUAUACUCCACAUCCCCACUAUUUGGAAAUCAAGGUUGUUCACAUGAUUAUCCUCUCCUUAGUGCAGAAUCCAAGACACCUUUUAACUCCUGCCUCUGCCCCUUUAAUGACUAGCGCCCCCCCCUUCCCAAGUUUAGGAAUAAAAUCCAGAGGUGUCACUCCCACCUUUCUCUUCCCUAAUCCAAUAUUCUCAUCCUUCUGGUCCAGAGCUAGGUGAAGCACCUACAGAAUGUGUAGCUCCAUUUAUCAGCUUGCUCAUCCUGAGUUGCACCACAUUUUAAGUGCAUUUAUACCUAGCUGUCUUCAGUUUCAUGAUAUAACCAGGCUGCACAAUUUGAUAUUUCCCAGGUAAUGGAAUCUGCUGUUCAGGUUUGCAAAAUUUGGAGGGAUUUUUUUUUUUUUUGCCUUUACCCAUUCUCCUACCAUGACAACAUUUUUUAAAAUGUAAUAGUUUCUCUUUGUUGUAAGCCACCUUUUGUUAUUGGGUAGCAUAUAAAUCCUGGAAGUAAAGCCCUCUGGAUUCCUUUCCUGGCAAACCCAAGAGCCCUGGUUGUGCUUUGCCCAGAAACAGCCCUGGCUCCACCGUAUGGACCUUGUGCUGCCUUUCAGCUGCUGGUUAACCAGUUGCCACCAGCUCUUCUGGAGCAGUGGGUAAGGCAGGGGUGAGGAACCUGUCCCUCCAGAUGCUGCCAGACUCCCACCACCGCUGACCAUUAGCUCUGCUGGCCAGGAGAAGGCUCCAUUUACCACUCUGUAAGAGAGGAGCCAUCUUCAGUUCCUGCUGCCAAAGAUGUGUGCUAGUGCCAGUUGCCCUGAGAGACGGUGGCAGGUGGAGAGGAAGUACGGUGUGAGGGAGCAAAAUGGCUCACUUGCAGGAAGCACCAAAGUCUAGAGAUGGCCUUGUUGCAGAAACCUAAUCUUAUAUGAUGAGAGAGUACGGCUAUGAGAAUCAACCCUGGUAGUGGGGAAGAUGUGAAGAGCAGAGGAACCCAGCAGAGGAGGUCUAACUUCCCAACUCUGUCCCUUCCCAGCCGGUGAACAAUGCAGAUUUCAUCAUCCCAGUGGAGAUUGACGGGGUCAUGCACCAGGUAUGGAUGCUGCCGGGAGAGCCUAAUGGGUAAAAAGAGGGGUUCUGGUAUUGGCAGUACUAUUCUCAAACGGGGGUCGCUGCAUUUCAAAGCUGAUGUUGAAUUGCCAAAGGUGACUUUGGGGCAGUCGCUGGUAUGCAGCGCUCAGGAAAAGGAAAGAAACCGCUUGGGGGUCAGUUGUGGUGGAGGAUGGGGCUGAGCUUUUGCACCCCUUUCGUUCAUGUUUGCCAUCCCUACUUAGAAAGGCGGUGGCCAGGUUCAAGUAAUCCAGGAUAGGCUGUGAAUACUGCAGUCAGCCUGUUCUCGAUUACUUGGCCUUGGAGGCAGCCAGCAGCACCAGCCAGGAUGGAUACAGCAGCUCCGUACCAUCAGCCUUUGGAGAGGAACUUAUCCACUGAAGACACUUUUCAGGUGCUUUGAAUGGUUCCUGGGUGAUCUAGACCAGCCACACCAUUUCAUAUCACACACUUUGUAUCUCAGAGGGGACAUCUAACCAUGGCGUGCUGCAUGUUGAAAUGUAGGAAGUAAAGGAGCCUCUUGUUCUGAUGUACCAAGUUGCCCAUGCAUGGGAGCCAGCCCCGGGAUACGGGGUGGAAUCAGGAUACUAGAUGAAAAGUCAUAGAGUAUCUUGUCUUGGGAUGUGUGAGAUCCCAGAGUUGGAUUCCAAAGGCUAAGAAGGACCUCUAGAGCCAAUCUUUCAUGUAGGCCUGGAUAAACUAUCCUUCGCAGAAGUUUAUCCAACCUGUAUUCCUUUCUGAUGUCCACAAGCCAUCUUGAUAGUUCACAUCAGUUGCCAACCUGUCCUCAAAUACUAAGAACUAAUAUUAAAUCCUCCUUUUCCAAAUUCUUCCCACUGAAGCUUUGGAGACUGGCUGUUUUUUGUCACACUUGCAGCCAGACAUAUGUGUUUUGGACUCAGGCGUCUCUACCUGAACAGCCGCAUGCUGCGGUUGAGUCAUCGCUUAGGGGACAGAGCACCUGCCCCAGAUUCAGUCCCCAUCAUCUCCAGUCUGCAAGGAUAAUGUGACAAACACCCCACUCCCUAAGCCACUGCCAGUCAGAGUACGGAGCACUGGCCUCAAUGGACAAAUAGCCUGAUCUAGUAUGAGAGGCACCUUCCUAAAUCUCUGUGUGCUCCUUGGGCAACUUGUUCCACCAGCCAGUCUCUUCUUCCACUCUUGGGGGUGGGGGUUUCUGAUGCUCAACCUAAACCUGCUGAAGAGAAGAACAACAUGGUACCCAUGGUAUUCGCUAGCCAGGAAGACUGGGUGGGGACUCCCCAUGCUUCAGCUAGCUAGUGAGCGGAUCUGUGCCCUGCGUCCCCACCUCCAUACUCUCCCUUCCCCUCCCCAGGUGUAUGUCCUGAAGCGACCGCAUGUGGAUGAGUUUCUACGACGGAUGGGUGAGCUCUUCGAGUGUGUGCUCUUCACCGCUAGUCUGGCAAAGGUGAGAUUCUCCUCCUCCCACCUCCACACUGGAAAGGGUGAUUGUUGACUUCAGACUCCUCCCCGGCUCCUACCACACCCAUGUAGUGGGCUCUAUUGGGGAAACUUGAGGCACUGGGAAGAAAAAGCAAGCUGCAUUGGGCAGGCAAGCACUGAUUUUUCUUCCGCAGUGGAUUGUUGAACCGAAGUACAGAGCCCUUCAUCCCUACUGUAAACUGGAGUAGAGAGGGUUAGCCUCCCAUCCAGGAUUAGAGCUGGAUUAAGUCGUCAGGAGAGGACAACUUUUUAAAGUGAGUGCAUUACAAUAAAGCAUUUGGAGGAGCUUGAAUGUAAAACAUGAGCACUCCGAGGAAAGGGUUUGCAGCGGUUCUUUUCCUCUAACCUAGCCCCUGUUCUUCUACCUGGGCAAGGGAAACUGGCUGAGAACCCUGGGAAUAUGCACACUUACCUGCUGGGAUGGGAGAAAUGGAAAUCUAAUCAUCAGAGGAAGGUGAUGCAGGCUUCUGUGGAUGCAAGUGGAGCAGUUCCAUCCUGUCCCAUCCCUUGCAAUAGGCACGCACACCUGAGUGUGGUCAAACUGACUCUCCUUCUCCUCCUAACCCCAGUAUGCAGACCCUGUGGCUGACCUGCUGGAUAAGUGGGGAGCCUUCCGUGCCCGCCUCUUCCGCGAGUCGUGCGUCUUCCACCGUGGAAACUACGUCAAGGACCUCAGCCGCCUGGGCCGCGACCUCACGCGGAUCAUCAUAGUGGACAAUUCGCCUGCUUCUUAUGUCUUCCACCCAGAUAAUGCUGUAAGUGGCCAGGUAGCCAUCAGCUUCCUGGCUUUUGCUGGGAAUGCGGAGCGGAAGGAGGGGGUUGUGUAGGCAGAAAACUAAAAAAAAAAAAGCUGUACAGGCUCACUUUCUCCACCCUGCUGCACAGAGCUGCAUGCCAGAGCAAAGCUUAAAAUAUACAGGUGGAGAACAGAGCAAGGGGGGACCUCAGUGCGAUGGUCACAUGCCCAUUCUUUGGGAUGACCUCUCGCACUUUGCUGCAGCGCUCUCCCUUUUCCUCUUCACCAAGCUGCUUCCGUCCAGCUCUUUUGGACUACAACUCUCAUUGGCUGCGGCCGAUGGGAGUUGGAUUACUAGGAUCACCGUAUUUAUUCAAUUUAUAUCCCACCCUUCCUCCCACAGGAGCCCAGGGUAGCAAACACACCUGUAAGAACCUCAUUGAAAAGCAUUUUAAAAAUAGCUAAGAACAACCACACACUCUCAGCCAGCGGUUGCCGGAAGCAGCAUAUUUCAGACAUCAAAUGCCUGGGGUAAACAGGGAUGUUUUAAAAUUGCUCCAGAAAGAGCUGGAGGGGGCCAAGUUGGCAAAAGCAGCACUACAAAAUUCCCCUUACACUUGGGCAAACACAGUUUAUGCAGAGCUCCCUCAACAAAAGGCUGAGGGAGACUCUGUGUGUCUGGGCUGCUCUUGCACUAGGCUGGCAUUCUUCCAUUCCCACAAUGCACCAUGAUGGGGAGAGUGGGGCUCUGCCUCCUGGUCUUGGCCCCACUGUUCCCACUGUUUGCACACUGUGGCAGCCGGAGCACUGUUCUGGGCUCAAAGCACGCCUACCUACAACUCAUUAUCAUUGUUAUAUGUAUUACGUACUUGCCUCCUAACCGCUUCCCUUCUCCCACCGUGGCAGGUGCCUGUGGCUUCGUGGUUUGACAACAUGGCUGACACGGAGCUCCUGGACCUGCUGCCGUUCUUUGAGAGACUCAGCAAAGUGGACGACGUCUAUACAGUGCUAAAGCAGCACCGGACUAGCAGCUAG